CAGCGCUGCCCCACACUUUUUCGCUACAGCUCGCAAGAAAUCGUAGUUUUUCACAAAGUUUUCCCCACUUUUCCUACUCUUUAGAGUUGCAAAAUAAACAAAGCAAAACAAACAUAAGUGCUUGAGUCGGUGAGCACCUGCAGACCGUCACAGAAUCGGAAUCCCCGCAAGAAAGGCGUGCAGCGAGGAGAACCGCCAUAGCCCCGUCGAAAUGCCCGUGAAGAAUGGAGAGUCCGACGGCGAAGGCGACGUUUCUGGCGGAGAAUCGGAGCACUCGAACUCCAGCCAGGCACAUGACACCUCUGACGAAGAGGAGGCCAACGAAUGCGACUCCGAUGACUCCUCGGAGCUGGAUGCCAGCGAAAUCGAGCGACGGCGGGCGGAGCACAUCGAGGAUUUGUUGAGCCUGGAACGGCAGUUUAACGCCCUGAGGGAGCAGUACUACUUCGAGCGAAUCAAUCUCAUCGAACGACAGUUGGCCGAGGUGCGUUCCGGCCGUUCCGAGGAGUUUGUGCAGCCGCAAAAGGAGCUGGACAAGAUCUAUCGCACCAGGAUCGAGGUGGCGGAUGUGCUGCGCAAAUACCGCCUGCAGAACAUCGAGCACAAGUACCAGUCCGAGGAACAAGCGGCCGUCCAGCACUUUGAGAGCGAGAAGCACAUGGCGGUGGACAACCUGCGCGAGGAGCUGGUGGAGCGCAUCCGACGCCUGGAGGAGGACCGCCACAACGUGGACAUCUCGUGGGCCGACUGGGGCACCGACAAGCGGCAGAGCAAGGUGCGCGGGCCGGGGCGCAAGAAGGCGGUGACCGUCACCGGGCCGUAUGUGGUGUAUAUGCUGCGCGAGGAGGACAUCAUGGAGGACUGGACGAUCAUUCGCAAGGCCCUCAAGCGAUCCUCCUCGUCGGCCACCGCCGGCACAGUCACGCCCACGUCCGGCGUCACCGUGGGCGUUAGUCUGGCCGGGCUGCCGGCCAUGGCCGGAGCCAGCGGAUAGCGGUGGGGCGUGGCAGCUGCAUACGCCCGCCUGACGCGUACCUGACGGCCGCGGCCGAGGAACCAGCAGCAGCAGCAGCCGUUGACGUAGAUGUAGUUGCAGCGAUAUAAUAGCAGUAGCCGUAGCAGAGCUCCCCAGAGCCCGAACCAGACUUAUUCUAUGUGCUAAGUUGGCCCCUCCUUCCUCCUACUCCUUCCUCUAGAUUUUAGUCGUAGGGCCUUGCGCACCACUCUCAGAAUACAAAUCCCCCAUCCAGACGAUGUAAUUUAUGCUUAACGUUAAGAGCUUAAUAAAAACGAACUGCAGCCAAGUGGGUGUGCGGUCACAAAAAAUCAUAUAUAA